CGGCGCGGUGCGGCGCGGCGGGGCGGGGACGCGGCGGGGGGCGGUGCGCGGGCGGCCCCUCCCCCUGCCGGCUGCGGGCGGGCGCCGGGAGCCGCCGGAGUUUCGGCGCCCGGGAGGGAGAUGCGGCCGCGGCUCGGUGUCCUUGCAGAUUUAUCACCAGCAUGAUGCUGGGGCGAGAGGCCGGCACCCACAGUUUUCAGAAUGGCUGAGCUGGAUGCUGACUUGGACCACAUCAUUCCGUCUUCCCUGCUUCCCCCCGUCUGGGCUAAGUUAGUAGUGGGAUUUGUUUCCCUCCUGUGUUUUGCACGGAGCUAUGAUGGAGACUUUGUCUUUGACGACUCGGAAGCUAUUGUUAACAAUAAGGACCUCCGAGCGGAAACGCCCCUGGCCGACCUCUGGCUUCAUGACUUCUGGGGCAGUCGACUGAGUAGCAACACCAGCCACAAGUCCUACCGGCCCCUGGCCGUCCUGACGUUCCGGUUGAACUACUAUCUGUCCGGAGGCUUCUACCCCGUGGGUUUCCACGUGGUCAACAUCUGCCUGCAUGGAGGCAUCUCUGUCCUCAUGGUGGACGUCUUCUCCGUGCUGUUUGGUGGCCUGCAGUUCACCAGCAAGGGCCGGAGGGUGCACCUGGCCCCCAGGGCCUCCCUGCUGGCUGCGCUGCUGUUUGCUGUCCAUCCGGUGCACACCGAGUGCGUUGCCGGUGUCGUCGGCCGCGCAGACCUGCUAUGCGCCCUCUUCUUUCUGUUGUCUUUCCUCGGCUACUGUAGAGCGUUCAGAGAAAGCAGCAAAGAGGGAACACAUUCUUCUACGUUCUGGGUGUUGCUAAGUAUCUUUCUGGGAGCUGUGGCCAUGCUGUGCAAGGAGCAAGGGAUCACCGUGCUGGGUUUGAACGCGGUGUUUGACAUCUUGGUGAUCGGCAAAUUCAAUGUUCUAGAAAUUGUCCACAAGGUACUGCAUAAGGACAAGUCGUUAGGGAGCAUCAGCGUACUCAGGAACGGGGCCCUGCUCUUCCGCAUGGCGCUUCUCAUCUCUGGAGGGGCCGCCGUGCUCUACGUGCGCUGGAAAAUCAUGGGCACGGGCCCGCCUGCCUUCACCGAGGUGGACAAUCCGGCCUCCUUUGCCGACAGUGUGUGGGUCAGGGCCAUAAACUAUAAUUACUACUAUUCAUUGAACGCCUGGCUGCUGCUGUGUCCCUGGUGGCUGUGUUUUGAUUGGUCAAUGGGCUGCAUCCCCCUCAUUAAGUCCUUCGGUGACUGGAGGGUAAUUGCACUGGCUGCACUCUGGCUCUGCCUAAUUGGCCUGAUACACCAAGCCCUGUGCUCUGAAGACAGCCACAGGAGAAGGAUCCUCACCCUGGGCCUGGGGUUUCUCAUCAUCCCGUUCCUGCCUGCGAGUAACCUCUUCUUCCGCGUGGGCUUCGUGGUUGCAGAGCGGGUCCUCUACCUUCCCAGCGUGGGCUACUGCGUGCUGCUGACUUGCGGGUUUGGAGCCCUGAGCAGACAGACCAAGAAAAAGAAACUCAUUGCUGCCGUGGUCCUGGGGAUUUUGGUCACCAACGUGCUGCGGUGCGUGACCCGAAGCAGCGAGUGGCGCAGUGAGGAUCAGCUUUUCGGAAGUGCCCUGUCCGUGUGUCCCCUCAACGCCAAGGUUCACUACAAUAUUGGCAAAAACCUGGCCGACAAAGGCAACCAAACUGCUGCUAUCAGAUAUUACCGGGAAGCUGUCAGGUUAAACCCCAAGUAUGUUCACGCCAUGAAUAAUCUUGGAAAUAUCUUGAAAGAAAGGAAUGAGCUCCAGGAAGCUGAGGAGCUGCUGUCCUUGGCCGUGCAGAUACAGCCAGACUUUGCUGCCGCGUGGAUGAACUUGGGCAUCGUACAGAACAGCCUGAAACGGUUCGAAGCUGCCGAACAGAGUUACCGGACAGCAAUUAAACACAGAAGGAAGUACCCAGACUGUUACUACAACCUCGGGCGCCUGUACGCGGAUCUCAAUCGUCACGUGGACGCACUGAAUGCCUGGAGGAACGCCACCGUGCUGAAGCCCGAGCACAGCUUGGCCUGGAACAACAUGAUCAUCCUCCUGGACAGCACAGGUAAUUUAGCCCAAGCUGAAGCAGUUGGAAGAGAGGCGCUGGAACUAAUCCCUAACGACCACUCUCUCAUGUUCUCCUUGGCCAACGUGCUGGGCAAGGCGCAGAAAUACAAGGAAUCUGAAGCUUUAUUCCUCAAGGCAAUUAAGGCAAAUCCAAAUGCUGCAAGUUACCAUGGUAAUUUGGCUGUGCUGUAUCAUCGCUGGGGACAUCUCAGCUUAGCCAAGAAACACUACGAAAUCUCCCUGCAGCUCGACCCUGGGGCUUCGGGAACUAAGGAGAACUACAGCCUCCUAAGAAGAAAGCUAGGACAAAUGCAGAAGAAAGACGUCUGACCCCCGUCCCUUCGCUUUUUGAGUUUGUGUGCAUGAGACAUCUUGUUAACAUGAUGGAAAAUCUUAGACGUGUUUAUUUUAUUGGAUUUUUUUUUCUAUGAAAACAGAGACAUGCAAAAAGAUUAAAGCACCAGCAAUAUAUUCUCGAAUGCCUGAUACGGUUUUUGCAUUCAAAUUGUAUUUUUUCAGACAACUUCAAAUGUAAUUCUAAAAUGCCAAAACAUGAAUCUUUUUUAAUUAAACAGAAAAAGAGAAAAAAGCAUCUUGAGUGACUUUUAGUAAAAUGAAACCUGCGUUUGGGAUGUGAGUCUUGUCGUCUGUGUAUUAGCACUGUUAUACCAUGAUCAUGACGGAGAAAUGAAACACCAACUCCCAGAAUUGAUAUCAGUAUCAAGUAUGUCUGUAUAUUAGCAUUUUUAUUUAAUGACAAAAACGUAAAAUAAGAUUUUUGAUUUUUUUAAAUUUUUUUAUAACAGUAUACUAUGAACUUCAUUUGUAAGCAGAUAUUUAUUUGUAUUUUUAUGCAUUGACACAGGGCAAAUAGGUGACUGAAGAAAUUUUAAUGUCUAGCAUUUCUGUUCCCCCAAAGAAAGAAGUCAUCUCCUGUACCAUCUAUUAUUUUGUAUUCUCGUUUCUGCGGUUGCAGUACAUGGGAGAGUAUGUAAUGUUCUACGUAAAUUGUCACUGUCACUAAAAAUUCCAGCCGUGCUUCAGGCAAGAGCAGGCAACCUGACAUCCUUGUUGUUUGUUAUAUUUGCUGCUAAGAGGGCUACACAAAUAUGUAAGUUGCUUUUUGGUAUUUUUAACUGCAAAGCAAUUUUUCAUUUUGCUUAAUGGAUAUUACUGUACUUAGAAAAUGCAAGAGGUCAAUUUUCUCUCAAAAGGAGCCACAUUCGGGAAGUCACUGGUAUUGUAAGCCUUGAGUUAUUCUCGUUUUAUUUGAUCAGAAUAAAACAGCCUUUUGUUUUAUUUAA